UAGACAGGUCAACGACGCCACGAACAGGUAAAUAGAAUUACUUAUAAACAUAACCCACAGUAGACAGGUCAACGACGCCACGAACAGGUAAAUAGAAUUACUUAUAAACAUAACCCACAGUAGACAGGUCAACGACGUCACGAACAGGUAAAUAGAAUUACUUAUAAACAUAACCCACAGUAGACAGGUCAACGACGUCACGAACAGGUAAAUAGAAUUACUUAUAAACAUAACCCACAGUAGACAGGUCAACGACGCCACGAACAGGUAAAUAGAAUUACUUAUAAACAUAACCCACAGUAGACAGGUCAACGACGCCACGAACAGUAGGACCCACCUGCGCAACCAAUUGCGCAAGAACUUCGUAAGGACUAGUUUUACCCUAACCCAACAAGCGACAAGCAGGCGAGAGCGCGCAAGAGGAAUGAGGAAGAAGUGAAAGGCAAUUUGAAGUUUGUACAAGACGGGCUUGUUUUCAUAUAGUGAAUAUUCCAAUAGAAAGGAAAAGAAGGAACUGUACACAAGUUGUAAAGUGAUAAUACUUCGAUGUAGUGCGUGGCAUCAUAAAGGGAGAAGAAAGGAUUGACAUGUGGUAGUAUAAACAGCUGUAUCAUUAAUUCUUAGACAUCAUGAUUUUAGAACAAUUUAGAGGUCACCAGAACUUAUAACUCAAGUGAGUUUUUAUGAUUUGUCAUCAGCAAACUGUGUAUCUGUAAGUGUUUCACAUUUUUAGCUCACCUGAGCUGGAAACUCAAGUGAAAUAUUCUGAUCACUUUUUGUGCACUGUCUGUCUGUUUGUCCGUAUGCACAGUUUUCACUUAUUCGAUUUCUCCAGAACCGCUGUGACAAUGUCAAUUAAACUUGGUACAAAUGAUCCUUGGAAGAAGGCCCUUAGGAGAAUCAAGUUGUUAAAAGGAAAAGUCAUGAUCCCUUCAAAAUGGAGAUAAUCAAGAAAAUGGAAAAAUAGGGUGGAGUCCUUUGAAAUUUUUCUAAAGAAGCGUUGGGCCAGAAAAGUUGAAACUUACAUAAAGGCUUCCUGACAUGGGUACCAUCAAGUUUGUUCAAAUCACGGCCUCCAAGGGCAGGGUGGGGUAUUUUAGGGGAUAGGAGUUUUACAUGAGUAUAUGCAUAACAUCUUUGAAAACGUUCUUGUCAAGAACAACAGAGCUCUGAGUAGUACUGUCAUGUUGAUAUAUGCAAGGAUACCCAGGUAGUGUAGAUUCAAAUUUGAUGAAAUCAGUACCCCCAAAUCCAGAACCCUGUGGAUAGUGUGUGUUCACAAUAGAGAUCAAAGUUUUGGAUGAUAAUAUAUAUAGGAAAAUAUUAUUCUCAACAACAGUAAAUCCAUGAUUAGUCAUGAUGACAAGACCGUACAUUUCAUACCAUGAUUGUUGACCUUUUAACCUUGUAUUUCAGUUAUGUUGUAAACUUUGGGGCAAGAAAAACAAAGAACAGCUGAACAAGAGCAGAGCCAAGGUAACUCGGGUGAUAAUAGCUAGAUAUAUCAGCAUCACAAAGACAGAAGAACAGAAAACAGGCACUGAAUCCUCAGGACAGCUGUGUGAAAGAGAAAAGGAAGAUAAAAGCAGAGUGGUUCACACUGGACUCCCAUGAGGUCCUGCAUUACUGAGGAAAGAAAGGUGAUGUUAAAAAGCAUCAGUUUUGACCACACAGAGUAUCCUUAAGUAGGGGGACUCAACAUUAAUCAAAAUCUGACUUCCUGUUUUGACGAAGGCUUGGACCAUCAACAAGUUACUGUAUAGAUUGUGUUCCUAAAGACCCAGACCCUCCACAUCAUGGACACACUAGGACUCAGCACUCAGCUAAAAGUACGACAAUGUUCUCAAUGUCAGGGGGACACUGAGUUUUACUGUAACACAUGUAAACGUGAUCUGUGUUUACAGUGUAAAGAGAAACAUGUCAUUGAUCUACAUAUCAAACACCAUGAUGUUGUGAUUUACCGUGAGAAGUUUAACUACAUCCCCAGACAAGAGAUCUGUGUCAGACAUCCAGACAGGUUCUAUGAAAUGUUCUGUCAGUCGUGUGAACUUUCUGUCUGUUUCCGAUGUUUAGAGCACCGAAAACACCAAAUACUGGACAUUAGAACAGCCUAUCAAACAAAGCGACAACAACACCGAGAAAUCAUUGACACCAUCAGAAGUGAGACUCUCUAUAACUGUCGUGUUCUCCUGGCAGGAAUCCAAACUGAUAUCCAAACUUGUCCCCCACAAAUCUGUCACCGUCAAUCACAGAUGUCAACAAAAGCCCAAAGACUGAAGGAUCUGAUUGACACUGCGGUAUGUGAUGUUAAAACAAGAUACCGAGGUUUAUUGAUUGAUAGAAUACAACAACAGAAGAGAAAAAUGAACAGACACCUCACCCACAUACAGAACUAUGAAGACAGAUAUGAACAAUCAGCAAACAGAGCGGUACAAUUCCUCUUGUUUAUAAAGACCAGUCGUGUCCCCCAGAUAAAGGACACCCCUAAUCUUCCACAACACCUGCUGCUGUCCCUGACUGAGGGAUUCAACAUGGAGGAUGUCAGUCCGUUAUUGAGGGGAAUCCCAGAAAUCCAAAUGACAACAGGAAAACGACAAGUAGGAAUAGACGAGUGUGUGAAACUGAUGUCCACACCUGUAUUACACACGUCUGUCUGUGUGACAGGUGUUAGUCGUGUGAGACACAUAUCUCGUGUGAUGUCAGACCGGGUCUGGGUCUCUGAUGUAGUCAAUCUCAUCUUGACAGACACAACAGGAGACACUAUACACCGUGUGACAGAUAUAAUACCAUUGUAUGGAGGAGGACACACAGUGAACAGUUCUGGUGAACUGAUUUAUAUAGACAGUGAAUUUAACAUCAACAAACUGUCUGUGAACAAUCACACAGUCACCACACAGAUAGAGUAUACAUCACCAUGGCAACCACUGUGUGUGUACUGCUCCCCGUCCACUGGAGAUCUGAUGGUCGGGAUGUGUAACUAUAAAACAAAUACAGGCAAGGUAACCCGGUACAACAGUAGUGGUCAACACAUCCUGACCAUACAACACGACAACGAACAUCACACAGUGUAUAGUGAACCUUAUUAUAUCACAGAGAACAAUAACGGUGAUAUUAUUGUGUCUGACUUGAUUAAAUAUAACCGUGGUGCUGUAGUGGUGACAGAGCGCGGGGGGAGACAUCGAUUCUCCUACACAGGACCUCCAUCAGGAUCAUCACUAUAUCCACUAGGAAUCUGUACAGACGCGCUGUCGCACAUCCUGGUGUGUGAUGGUAACACCGACACAGUACAGAUGAUUGACAAGGACGGUCACUUCCUGUCUCUGUUACUGACAGAACACGGGAUAAACAUACCACACAGCCUGAACUAUGAUGAUAAAACUCACCUUCUCUGGGUCGGAUCAGAGUACCCCAACACAGUGUCUGUAUAUAGAUAUCUACAGAGGAGGUACUCUCUGACUGUUAAUCCAGACAGAGAUGAGCAGAUCACGGAAGCUGCUGAAAGUUUUGAGGAGAUUCAGGAAUCGGGAUCAGAGCUGGAAAUCAGUGGAGAGUCCGAGUCUGAAGAAAACAGCGAGGAUCUGAAGUCUGAGGAUAGCAACGAGGAAUCUGAUCCUGAUGACGAGGACACUGCUGAAUCAGGGACCAGUGAAGAUAAUGGUGUAGAGGAAAACGAUGAUCGGAAUUUAGAGGAGACCAGCGAGAAUGAAGAUGAAUAAGAAAUGUCUGGAUUCAGCACGAAUGGGUAGAUUACUGUGACUAAACAGGACACCAACACCUCAUCACCACAUCGUCUUCCACCCUCCACCUGAGACAUUGAUGUUAACAGGCCACCAACACCUCGUCACCACAUCAUCUGCCACCCUCCACCUGAGACAUUGAUGUUAACAGGCCACCAACACCUCGUCACCACAUCAUCUUCCACCCUCCACUUGAGACAUUGAUGUUAACAGGCCACCAACACCUCGUCACCACAUCAUCUUCCACCCUCCACUUGAGACAUUGAUGUUAACAGGCCACCAACACCUCGUCACCACAUCAUCUUCCACCCUCCACUUGAGACAUUGAUGUUAACAGGCCACCAACACCUCGUCACCACAUCAUCUUCCACCCUCCACUUGAGACAUUGAUGUUAACAGGCCACCAACACCUCGUCACCACAUCAUCUUCCACCCUCCACUUGAGACAUUGAUGUUAACAGGCCACCAACACCUCGUCACCACAUCAUCUUCCACCCUCCACUUGAGACAUUGAUGUUAACAGGCCACCAACACCUCGUCACCACAUCAUCUUCAACCCUCCACUUGAGACAUUGAAGUUAACAGGCCACCAACAC